AUGGCCGCCCCCAAUGUCCGCCCACCUUUUCGCACACGCCCAGUUCAGCGCGCCAAAGCUGACGAAAACGCCAACAGUCGCCACGCCAGACAACUGUCGGGUCUAGCGAACAACGCAGGACCCGCUCGAUUCGUUCCCAAGGAGCUUUUGACGGGAAAGUCGCGUACUGCCCUCAGCGAGGUCGCCCUCAACAGAAAGGAGACUCUUGUCGUCGCAGGCAACGACAAGCCCGAAACUGGCUUCAAGCGCCCCAGCAACGACAAGCCUGAAAAUAGCUUCAAACGCCUCCGCUCCAACUCUUCCACCCUCCCUCCCCAACGCGUUCCUCUGGGUCCUGGUCGAGGGAUAGUCCACGUAACAAUCGUAAACCAUGUUGGUCCAAGUCGCAUACCAGCAGGUCGCGCUGUUCGUCCCUCUGUUGCCACCUCGAAAAGGCCUCUUCGAGUGGCACCCCCACGAGUAGCGGCGACAGAGCUUGUCCAAGAACAACUCAGAGAAACAGAAGACAACAUGAUUGAUAUCGACACGGAGGACGAAGACUUUAAGCUGUCGGAGUUCGACGACGCCAUGGCUAUUUCAGAGGCCGAAGUUGAUGAGCUCGAUGACGAAGACGAUGAAGAUGAAGGUACUGCUACCGGGCCAAAAGUCGUCCGGGUCUGGCCAGACAUUACACCAGAACGCGCUCUUCAAUACGAGAAGGAGGUUGAGGCUAUUCGACAAGCCUUCCAAGACGAUGUAGACAUCUACGACACGACUAUGGUCUCUGAAUACGCCGAUGAGAUUUUUGAAUACAUGAACGAUCUAGAGGCGCGUGCAUUUUUUAACCGAAUAGAGUCGAUGAUGCCUGGCGCCGACUAUAUGGAUCAUCAGAACGAGAUAACGUGGGCGAUGCGACAGACACUCGUUGACUGGCUCCUUCAAGUUCACCUUCGCUAUCAUAUGUUGCCCGAGACACUGUGGAUUGCCGUCAACAUCAUUGACCGCUUCCUGACCCACCGAACUGUGUCUCUUGUCAAGCUCCAGUUGGUUGGCGUCACCGCCAUGUUCAUUGCGGCCAAAUACGAGGAAAUUCUGGCGCCGUCGGUGGAGGAGUUUGUCUAUAUGACUGAGAACGGGUACAAUAAAGAAGAGAUCCUCAAGGGCGAGCGAAUCAUGCUUCAAACCCUCGAGUUCCGCAUUUCCCAAUACUGCUCGCCGUAUAGCUGGAUGCGCAAAAUCAGCAAGGCCGACGACUACGAUAUCCAGACCAGGACGCUCAGCAAGUUCUUGACGGAGGUUACGCUUUUGGACUAUAGAUUCGUGCGAGUAAAGCCGAGUCUUAUUGCAGCAGUUGGCAUGUAUUGUGCGCGGAGAAUGCUUGACGGCAAUUGGGACGAUGCUUUCGUUUUCCACUCUGGAUAUACGGAAGAGCAGCUGUUGCCUGGCCACGAGAUGCUGAUAGAGAAGCUUGCGGAGCGCAACUUUUCGCGUCAAUACGUCUGCAAAAAAUACUCGCACAAGAAAUUCCUCAAGGCGUCGGCGUUUGCCGUUGACUGGGCGAAGGCGCAAGUUUCGGGCAACGGAAAUCCCGUUGAGAGGAUGCUUCUCGAGGAGUGA